ACCAAUGUUUUCAUGGUUGUUCUGUUUUGAAUAGAAAUGGAUGAAAUUUUUGGCUGCUACAGUAACGCCAGUUGAACCAUGAAAUAUCUCAUUUGUCGACAGCUGAAAGAGGCAAUCCUGUUUCCUCCCGCUGAGAGGAAACUACGGUGACUGCCACGGACUGUAAGUUAAAGUAACGACAUGAAUUUGGUGUAAAGUAGGUAAAUAAUCUUUUAGCUAGUUUAAUGUCGCAUCAAUCCAGGUUGCCUAUUUCUUUUAAAGCGGAAUCCCCGCUAUAGAUUUGUGGGUGUUUGCGUGGAUGUCACAGAUUAUUCCGAGUUUGGAGUCAUUCUUUAUUGAUGAUUUCGCAGAAGGGAAUUUUGUACAAGACAGAUACAUGUGGCUGAGCUAACAGCGAUUUGGGAUGAUGACCAUGUUGGCCUUUGGAGCAAGAGCAGUCCUCCUCAACCUGAGGUACACUUUCCAGAAAGCCGGCUCCUUCACCAGAACCAGACUCAUCCAGACCUCGCGGACAUAUUUUCUUAAAAGAGGGCAGAUUUUAACCCAGAUACCCAGGGUUACACUGCUAUGUUUGGGUGCAGUCAGUGCAUCACCCUGUACGGCCAAAUGUCAGGAAGCAAUUCUUCCAUCCCGAACCGCUGAGAGAAAGUCUCUAGCCAAAGUCCAAGUGCACAAAGUUGUAUUUCUCCUCCGCCUCACCCUUCGUGCAUUGGUGCUGCUCCUCAAGUUUGGCCCCCUUCUCCUCCUCUCCCCCUUGGCUCUGAUGUCCACUCGCUGCGCGUCUUGCUGGUUGGACGCCCUCCUGUGGGUGACUGAAACAUCUGGGCCCACUUUCAUCAAGCUGGGUCAGUGGGCCAGCACCAGGCGGGACAUCUUUCCUCAGGAGUUCUGUGAACGCUUCUCCAUGCUCCACAGAAAAGUACGCCCCCACUCCUGGGCCCACACCAAGCUGUGUCUCCGGAGGGCUUUCGGGGAGGGCUGGAGGAGGGUUUUAAAGUUUGAGAGCAAAGAGCCUGUGGGGUCGGGAUGCGUGGCCCAGGUGUACAGAGGCUGGGCAAGGGCGGACCAGGUGGAGGACCCAGCCUUCCAGUCGCUGGUGGACGAGAUGGAGAAAGAAGACUUGCUGGAAGCUUGGGAGAUCCCUGGUCUGGGAGGAGUGGCCAGCUCCCUGUGGAAGCUCUGGAUGGGGAGGAGGGAGGAGGAGGGCUGUGAGGAGAGCAGUGCAGAGAAGGGGCAUCUGAUACCUGUGGCUAUCAAGGUGAUCCAUCCAGGCAUCAGGAGGCAGGUGGAGAUGGACCUUCUGCUGAUGAAAGCGGGCAGUUGGCUCCUGCAUUGCCUGCCUGGAUUCAAAUGGCUCAGUCUGUAUGAGGUUGUUGAGGAGUUUGAGAAGCUCAUGACCAAACAGAUUGAUCUGCGCUUUGAGGCUGAGAACAUCGAGCGUUUCCAGAAUAAUUUCCGCAACGUGGAUUAUGUCAAGUUCCCAACACCCUUACGACCUUUCGUCACCAGGACAAUUUUAGUGGAGACUUUUGAAGAGAGCGAGCCCAUAUCCACCUACCUGAGCUCCGACGUUCCUCAGAAGGUGAAGCAGAGAAUAGCCAGGAUGGGAAUAGACACAAUGCUGAAGAUGGUAUUUGUGGACAACUUUGUGCAUGGGGAUCUCCAUCCCGGGAACAUUCUGGUCCAGUGUUUGGGACCUCUUCCUGACCACGCUGACAGUAUUGGUAUCUCAGGGGCGGCCCAUGGUAAGACCACCCUCACUGACUUGUGGGAUACAGUGGUGGUCAGCGUCAGGCCAGACCCGUGCCCCCUCCAGUUGGUGCUGCUGGACGCUGGCAUCGUAGCCCAGCUCAGCAACUAUGAUCUUGCCAACUUGAAGGCUGUCUUCACGGCUGUGGUUCUGCGUCAGGGUGAGCGAGUGGCAGAGCUGAUCCUUCAUCACGCUCGGGCCAAUGAGUGCCAAGACGUGCCACAGUUUAAGAAGGAGAUGGCCCAGCUGGUGGACCGUGCCCUCAGCAACACCUUCUCUCUGGGAAAGGUCCAAGUAGGUGACUUGCUCUCUAGAGUCUUUGGUCUACUCAUCAAACACAAGGUGAAGCUGGAGAGUAAUUUCGCCUCCAUUGUGUUUGCCGUCAUGGUGCUGGAGGGCCUGGGCAGGUCUCUCGAUCCAAACUUGGACAUCCUGGAUUUGGUUAAACCCCUACUGCUGAAGAACUGUGCCUCACAGAUUUAACACACACACACACACACACACACAUAGGGGCACCUGCACAAUGCUCACACAGGUAUUAAGCUCUACAUACAGCAUAUCCAUAGAUACAGCACAUGUGUAUACUGUAUCCUCCUGAUGCCAUGGUGAUGGGUGGUCCUCAGGCUUGCUUAAUGCAAGCUUCCACUGUGGCUCACAAGAACACUGGCUCAUCACGACAUUUUAGCAGCGCUGCUGCCAUAAAUACCUCAUUGAAUUUUACAUUGGUGGAGCUUCCCCCACCUUUCAUCACUGUUACAUCCUCUUACAUACACUCUUGAAUUGUGUCAUCUAGUGUCUGGUUGUAGUACAAGAAUUCCACCCACCGAAAUCCACUUCAAGGCACCUCUAAGCGAGCCUAAUGAACAAGAGCAUAUGCGUUUUACAUGAGGCACCACUUGUUUAUUGAGUGCUGAUGGAGUCAGACGCAUUGGCAGACACACACAGAUGGCAUCAGAGACCAUUUGUAGUGAUUUAUGAUAGAAAAGAAAAUCCCUAAUUGAUACUUAAAAGCAUAUUUUUUACUUUUUAAUGACUAAUAUUGAUCUCAGGAUGUCUUUUAUUACUCCAUCUUUUCUUGCAUCUUAGAUAAUGUUGUCUAAUGGACAUAUUUGCUUUGGUGUGAAUCACAAUGUGCUGUUAUAUUUGUCUGUAUAGAAGCCUAAUUGUACUUACAACUGACCCAUGUCUUUUAACGUCCCAUUAUAACAGUGGCAACACUUGUAUGGAUGAUACAUAUCAAUAAAAGGGAA